CUCGGCUCCAUGCAGAAGAUCCAGCGCUUCUGUGGCAGCACCAUGGCGGGGAGCAGCGGAGGGAUGUCCCUGGCACCGCUCACAGCGCACAAAACGCCGUGCUAAAGGCUGCAGCCCGGGUGGGCUAUGUGUCAGCACCAUCACCAUGGCUCUCCUGCACAGGCUGUUCAGCAAGAGAGGACACAGCUGUCCAUCCGGCAGAGGUACCAAGGAGAAAGCCGCAUUCAGCUGGCCUUGUUCAGAGUUCGACUUGAAUUGCAUUCGCUUGAUUGUUUACCAGGACUGUGAAAAAAGAGGCAGGCAGGUCUUAUUUGACUCCAAAGCAGUUCAUGAAAUAAAAGAUGAAACCACCCAGAGAAUCGGAGAAGAUGCUACAGCAAAGACAAAAUCCUGUCAGACCAGCAGCAGUGGAACCUGCACCAUCUCUUCACAAAGUAAAUCAUCCGCACAUGCUCAGCCUGCUAGGGAAACCCUGCCCAAGUACCAGUACAGCAAACCAGCCUCUGAUGUUAACAUGCUGGGAGAGAUGAUGUUUGGCUCAGUUGCAAUGAGCUACAAGGGCUCAACAUUAAAGAUUCAUUUAAUCAGAUGCCCUGUUCAGCUGAUGAUCAGUAAAGUGUUCUCUGCCAAAGUUGGAGGGUUGAAUUGCAGCACAACAACGUUUCAGGACAGUCUAGAAAACAUCAGUCAUGAUGGCACUGUCAGACUAGGUGUGAGCCAGACUGGGCAAGGACUAUGCGGAUCUAAUCUAGGUAUUUUGCAGAUGUGUGGCAGCAAAUUGUUGCCCUCCAUGUUUGAAGCACGCCCACUCCGGCUCAUUCGGAGUGCCUCUUUCUUUGCAGCUCACAGCACACCAGUGGAUAUGCCCAGCAGAGGGCAGAAUGAAGACAAGGACAGCGGCAUUGCACGAUCAGCAUCUCUAAGCAGUCUUCUGAUUACUCCUCUUCCUUCACCAAGCACAUCAUUUUCAAGUAACUAUGCCAGCAGCUAUCAGCGGCGAUUGUUGAGAAGUCAAACCACCAGUCUAGAAAAUGGUGUUGUUCCACGGUGGUCAACAGAAGAGACUUUUAGUAUGACGGAUGAGAGUUACUCUGCAAACCCGGCAAUGAUUGGCCGCAAGAAGAUUGCAAUCAGCAUCAUCUUUUCUUUGUCUAAAGAGGAGCAAGCCCAAAGGAAUUUCCAGGACUUCUUUUUCUCCCACUUUCCUUUGUUUGAGUCUCACAUGAACAAACUAAAGUCAUCUAUAGAAAGGGCCAUGAUCACAUGCAGGAAGAUUACUGAAUCAAGUCAGCGGGUACAAGUCUAUCUCAGCCAGAUCAUGGAUGCCUUGGGACAGUUUAGGGAGACUAUCUGGAAUCUGUACUGUGCCCCUCGAAUUGCCGAACCAGUGUGGCUCACCAUGAUGUCCAGCACUACUGAGAAAAGUCAGCUGUGCCAGCAUUUCCUCAAAGAGCUGACCUAUCUAAUUGAGCAACGUAAUAAGAACCAGUUUUUUUCAGCCCUUCUCACUGCAGUUUUAACUUACCACUUGGCAUGGGUUCCCACAGUAAUGCCAAAUGACCAUCCACCUAUAAAGUCUUUUAGUGAAAAGCACACUUCUCAGUCUGUCAGUCUGCUGGCAAAGUCACAUCCUUAUAACCCUCUCUGGGCACAACUUGGAGACCUUUAUGGGGCCAUCGGAUCUCCAGUUAGAAUGACUCGCACUGUUGUGGUUGGAAAACGCAAGGACUUGGUCCAGCGCAUUCUCUAUAUCCUCACUUAUUUCAUCCGCUGCUCAGAGCUGCAGGAAAAUCAUUUGAUGCGGGACAGGGUCUUAAAGAAUGGAGAACAGGUGGUACAGGGCAGCAAUGUCACAACCUCUCUGGAGAAGGGAGAAGUGGAAGAAUCGGAGUAUGUACUUGUGACUUUAAACAAUGAAUCUGCGCUGGUCUCCCCGCCACUACCUUCUAACACAGGCUCUGCGUGCACUGUUAAAUCUAGCGGAUCUGAGGCUUCUGACAUUUCCUUGAAGGUGACUAGCAGGGAGAAUUCUCUUCAAGCAGAAAGUGACUACCAGACACCUUCAGGAGUAACUAACAAUGAAUCUGCUUCAAGUUAUGUUGGCUCUUGCAGAGAAAAUACAACAUUAAUUAAAGAAGCCAAAGUGGAGACAUUGGUUUGCGUCACCAGAACUCCAGUGUAUAACACUGAAGACUCUCUUAUUCCACAGCCUAUAACAUCCCAAGCUAAAGGUCAGCAUCGGGCCAGCAAAUCUAAUCAUGAGAUGGAUGCUUCAGUGAAACUGUCAGACUGGGCAAAAGAAAUUCUGUGUGCUGACAGAACAGGUGAACCUUCCCCACCACAGAAGGUGACCUUUAAAAUGGGCUCUUCUCCCUCUCCAGACAAUGACUUGGAGCUGUACAGAAAAGAGCUGGAAGGAAAUGUUAAAUCUCUGGGUUUUGACUCCUCGCGGUCAUCUGCAGAUAAUGACUCGCUUGCGGCUCACAGAAAAAAGAUUUUGUGCUCACGGAUUCCAUCUUGUGAGGAAGGUUCCAGUAUCUUUGAUGAAUAUUUUGUGGAUGGUAACAGUAUUGAAACAAAUACAGUAGACAGCCUUCCUCCUCACCCCUUAUCAGAAAAGUGUUUUGCAUCUAGUGAAAUAUCUGCAGCUAACUGUAGUAUGCCUGCUAAGGACUUAAUUAAUGCUGCACAGGCAGGGUUUGGUAUGUGCCCUGGGCAGACAGCCUCUCUAGAUGUCCCCUGUGGGGACCAAGGCAGAAGGACUGAAGUCCGAGCAGAGGGAGACAUUCCAAGGAAUGAAAGUUGUGACAGUGCCCUCGGCCAGAGUGACGAAGAAGCAAACAAUUGUUACAGCAUGUCAGAAAAUUGGGACCAUGGUGAUCAUGUAGAGGUGGAACUUCCACUGCCUAGGUCAGACAUCAUCAGCAGCCCAAAUAUGAAGAACUUUGGGAGGUCUCUGUUUGGAGGUUACUGUUCCGCAUACAUGCCUGACCUAGUGCUUCAUGGGAUUUCCAGCGCUGAGAAACUGAAGCAGUGCCUGACGGCCAGUCUGGCGCACGCCACAGUACACCCUGUGUUGGAUGAACCUCUUGCAGAAGCUGUGUGCAUUGUGGCAGAUACUGAUCGAUGGAAUGUCCAGGUUGUCAGCAGCCAGAAGACAAUUGUGGACAACACAAAACUUGGCACAGAUGUCUUGGUGUCUAGUCAAGUGUGCAACUUACUUCAGACCAUUUUACACCUAUAUAAACUGAAAACCCCGCCUGUAUAUUGUGUGAUGUAUCUAGAAGACAAGUUGCAAGAGUUGUAUUUCAAGAGUAAAAUGUUGUCGGAGUAUUUGAGGGGACACACAAGAGUCCAUGUAAAAGAGCUUGGUUUGGUAUUGGGGAUUGAAUCCAGUGACUUACCUCUGCUGGCAGCUGUGGCGAGUACUCAUUCACCCCAUGUUGCACAAAUCCUUUUAUAAGCUGCAUUCUACAAAUGGUCAUUCCUUAAGCUGCAGAGAAGAAGCAGACAAUCCGAAGAGGGACAGUGAAUUGUGCUGCUGUUUUUUCUUAGUAUAUAAACUCUUCUGCUCCUGAAACCUUUAGGGGACACAUUUUAAAGUUUACAUGAAGUGCGAGGCAUUAUGAUGAUCCCCCGUGGCCUUCUGUUGCUUCACAGGGAAGAAUUAAGGAGAAGUCCUACAUUCUCAAACACUACAGUAAAUGUAUUGACUGCACGCUUCUUAGGAAAAUCUUCUUUGGACAAUGUAUAUAUCUUUUUGUUUUCUACUGUUUUUGCUCUCAUUUGGAGCAUUACCUAUUGUACUUUAAUGAAGAUGUGGUUUUUAAUAGGAAAUGUAUAGAUUAUAGCAUGCUAUAAUUGUACUGUAGGAGAUGCUUUGCAACAAAGAAAUGGAAACUUAUUGAAUUCUCAUUCACCCAUUUCUCAUAAUUCCUGACCUUUCAUCUAUCAGUUAGUUGACUCUUGACAACCUCUGCUAUCCUUUUAUUUUACCCAAGUGAGAUGAUCUUGCUUGUCAUGCAUAUAUACAAAUUGCUAUUUUCCUGGUUGGUGUGGUCAUUG